AUGUCAAACGAUAUUCAGUCUGUGCCAUAUGAUGUUGUCCGCGUCUCUUGGGAAAGUAAGGUGCCUGUCAAGGAGGCACUGGCGCGUCUGGAUGAGCAAGUCAAGACCUUCUAUAAGGAUCACACGUACCUCAAGUACUUUGACGAGGUGUUCGACGAAACCCUCAAGGACGGCGAAGAUUGGAAGGCUGCGUGGGGAAGGCUAAGCCCCUACUUUGGAAAUUUAGGUCUUGCUUGCGACCAUGACCACGUUUCGUCUGGGUACCGUUCGCUCUAUAACCCCGAAGAUCCCAACUGCUGGCUGGAGACUCACCGUUACGAACUCAUACCGCCACCGGGUGACUACGCGGUUGUGUACAACAACUACUCUCAGAAUACUAUCAUCUUCCCCCACCGGGUCCUUGUACUCGAGCGACCAGGAGGAUCCGCGUCCAUCCAUUAUGACCUGCCAUCUUCCCAACUCAAGCUCGUAAAUGAGGAGACCAAGGCGGCUGCGUAUCGCCUCGAUGAUCGCCUCGACAAGCUUUGCCGGCAUGUGUUGAAGGUGGACUCAGAGACGCCGUCCACCAGCGCGUUGUUAUCCAAGGUGACCAAUGAGCACCCUGCUCACAGGACAGAAAGAAUCCAAGCUCCCCUGUUCGCCAAAUUAAUCCCGGGGAAAGAGAAGGCGAGCCCAUUCCUGACUAUCUCUCAAUUUUGGACUACCGCAUGCUUAACAUCGUCCAUCCAUGACUCGUUUACAGACGCGCAGCAAAUUAUGAGUUAUAAUCGCUGGGAAAAUGUACAAUCCGAAUCAAAGACAUUAUGGAUAUCAACGCGACCAGCGGCUCGCAAAUAGGAUGUAAGGUAGAACUAGAUGGGGGACUAUUGUUC